AUGCAUCGACUUUUUGCUGAGCUGGAGCCAUCUGUAACCGUCACCGAGCAAAACCUGGCAGACCGAGUUCGGUAUAUCUUGCGCUCAAAUACAUUUGAUGUCACCGAACUCGAACGGCUACGACGUGAGGCUGUUCCUUCAUCGGAUGAAAAUGCUACGGAUGAGGAGGCGGCGCCACAACUUGCAGAGCAACCGGAAAACGUGGAUGCCGCCGUGAAUACCCGAGUUUUGGUUGAUUCAAACGAUGAUGGAACACUCGCCCAGGAACUGGAACUGGAGCAAAUGAGGAGUACAUUGGAUGAGGCGAUUUUGGAAACGCGCAGUACGCCUCUUGAAAAUCGACCGCGACUUCCCUGCAUAGCCCUCAGCAAGCGGGAUCGGGCUACCUUGAGGGCUCUGAACCCAAUGCUAGUGACCUAUUUGGAAGCCAGACGGGACCUUUUCGAGACUGCCUGGACGCACUACUGGACAAAGUAG